UGCGCCUUCCUCCUCACAGCGGUCGUUUUAGCCUCAGGGCUUUGUUCACAGAGUCCCGGCUUCAGGGCGCCGGUCGGAGCCGGAGGAGGCCCGGGCGCCGCUGCCUGCCGGGCAGGGCGUGUCCGAGGCGCCGGGAGCCCCCACAGCCCGAGGAGAUCGGCGUCCCGCGCCCCCCGGCUCCUCUGCUCACAGCGUCCCCGCGGCCUGACCCCCGGGCCCUCCGGCCCGCGGAGCGGCCUCCCCGGCCCCGCCGCCCGGUCCCCGCAGCCUGACCCCCGGGGCCCUCCGGCCCGCGGAGCGGCCUCCCCGUCCCGCCCUGACCCCCGGGGCCCUCCUGCCCGCGGAGCGGCCUCCCCGGCCCCGCAGCCUGACCCCCGGGGCCCUCCGGCCUGGGGAGCGGCCUCCCGGGUCCCGCCCUGACCCCCGGGUCCCGCCCUGACCCCCGGGGCCCUCCUGCCCGCGGAGCGGCCUCCCGCCGCCUGGUCCCGCCCUGACCCCCGGGGCCCUCCUGCCCGCGGAGCGGCCUCCCCGGUCCCCGCAGCCUGACCCCCGGGGCCCUCCGGCCUGGGGAGCGGCCUCCCGGGUCCCGCCCUGACCCCGCGGAGCGGCCGCCGGGUCCCGCCGCUCGGUCCCGCUCUGACCCCCCGGGACCCGUUCCCGCCCUGACCCCCGGGGCCCUCCUGCCCGCCCGGGCCCGCUCAGGACGGAUAUGCACCUUGAGGAUGUGGUCAUUGCCUUCUCUCAGGAGGAGUGGGGGAUCCUUGAUGAGGCUCAGAGACUUCUGUACUGCGAUGUGAUGCUGGAAGUUUUUGCUCUUAUAUCAUCUCCAGGUUGUUGGCAUAAAAAGGAUGAGGAAAGGGCCUGUUCUGAUCAGAGUGUAUCUGUACAAGGAGAGUCACCCAUCAGGGCUUCUAAGACAGCUCCAGCAAUCCAGAAGUCACAUUCCUGUAAGCAGUGUUUCACAGUAUUGAAAGAUAUUUUGCACCUGACUGAGUUUCAAGCAGAAUACUUUGAACACAAAUGCUUCUUCAGUGACUCAUGUGUGAGAGACUGCUGUUUCAGUGCAAACCCUCACCAGCAACAGAAGGAUGUCAGUGGAGAGAUCUCCUGGAAAGAAGCUAUGGUCAGACCCUCAUUUAUUACCAGGCGUAGUUUCUAUUUAUCAGAGGUUCCUUCAAACAACAGGGAGGUUAGGGAAGAUGUCCAAUCUUCCUCAGAGCUCCUCCAGCCCCAGACCUCUCAGAACACUGAGGAGCCACAUAGUGGCAGUGAGGUUUCCCAAGAAUAUCUCAGUGGAAAAAGUCAUCACCAGUGGGCUGAAUGUGAAAAAGCUGCCAGCAAGAAACAGAAAGUUGUUGAGUGUCAUGGUGUCUGUUCUGGAGAACUGAUUUAUGAUUGUGACAAUUGUAGGAAAGUUUUCAGAGGAAUCUUUAACCUCAAUCAACAUAUGAGAGUUCACACUGGAGAAAAUCCAUUUUGGUGUACAUAUUGUGGGAAGUCCUUCAGUCAUAGUUCUAAACUGAUUAAACAUCAGAGGAUUCACACUGUUGAAAAGCGUUUCAAGUGUAGUGAAUGUGGGAAGUCCUUCAGAUAUAAGUCUCAUUUCAACAUACACCAGCGAGUUCACACUGGAGAAAAGCCAUAUGAGUGUACAGGUUGUAGCAAGUCCUUCAGUCAGAGUUCUAAACUGAUUCAACAUCAGAGAGUUCACACUGGAGAAAAGCCUUAUAAGUGCAGUGAAUGUGGGAAGUCCUUUGGAAGUAAUUCUGAGUUCAAUAAACACCAGCGAGUUCACACUGGAGAAAAUCCAUUUUGGUGUACAUAUUGUGGGAAGUCCUUCAGUCAUGGUUCUAAACUCAUUCAACAUCAGAGAAUGCACACUGGAGAAAAGCCUUUUAAGUGUAGUGAAUGUGGGAAGUCCUUCAGAUAUAAGUGUGAUGUCAAUAGACACCAGCGAGUUCACAGUGGAGAAAAGCUAUAUGAGUGUACAGCUUGUGGCAAGUCCUUCAGUCAGAGUUCUAAACUGAUUCAACAUCAGAGAGUUCACACUGGAGAAAAGCCUUAUAAGUGCAGUGAAUGUGAUAAGUCCUACAGAUAUAAGUGUGAUGUCAAGAAACACCAGCAAGUUCACAAUGGAGAAAAGCCAUAUGAGUGUACACGUUGUCGGAAGUCCUUCAGUAAGAGUUCUAAACUCAUUCAACAUCAGAAAAUUCACACUGAAGAAAAGUCUUAGAAGUGUAGUGAUUUGGGGACUGAAAGGUCCCAGGUUUGAUUCCAGUCAAGGGCAUGUACAUUGGUUGCGGGCACAUCCCCAGUAGGGGGUGUGCAAGAGGCAGCUGGUCGAU